AUGGGAGGGUCCUCAAGAACACACACAGGUGAAAAACCGUAGUCAUGUCACUUGUGUGAAUACAAAUGUACUCAAACGGGGAAAUUAAAAUUACAUUUAAGAACCCACACAGGUUACACAUGUACAGUCAAUAGCAGUUUAAAAAAACAUAUGAGAACACACACAGGUGAAAAAACAUACUCAUGUCACUUGUGUGAUUACACAUGUACAGUCAAUAGCAAUUUAAAAAAACAUAUGAGAACACACACAGGUGAAUAA